AUGCAGGUUUCUAGAUCUAUAGGCGAUGUUUAUAUGAAACCUGUGCAGUAUAACAGGGAACUAAUUAAUGGAAAAUUGAGACUUCCUGGACCAAUGAACAAGCCUAUAUUGAGUGCCAAUCCAACUAUUAUUUCUCAUGUUCUCCAACCAAAUGAUUCUUUCCUUACAUUUGCAUAUGAUGGUCUAUGGGAACACUUGAGUAAUGAAAAAGCUGUGGAUAUUGUCCACAAUCAUCCACGUGCAGGGAGUGCCAAAAGGUUGGUCAAGGUUGCCCUACAAGAAGCAGCCAGAAAACGAGAAGUGAAAUAGUCACUUCUUCGGAAGAUUGACAAGAAGGUUCGACGCCAUUUUCACGACGAUAUAACUGUUGUAGUGUUAUUCUUUAAUCAUGAUCUUAUAUCUAGAGGUGCAGUCCAAGACCCUCUAGUAUCCAAUCGAAGCGAACUGGAACACAGCUAA